AUGAAUUCAAAUAGUAAUUCACCAACAACCCCAACAAACGAUGUUAAGGAAUUAGAUAAUAUUCUAUUUAGAUUCGCGCUGACAGAUAAUGGAGUGUCGUUCAAUAAGUUUUUAGAUAGCUAUUUGGUGGAUGUCAUCGGUCGGUUGGCAUCGAGCGAUGCACUCGUCAAGAAAAAGGUGAUGGAAGUGCUGAGUAACAUCAAUAAGCGAACGAUGUUUGCCAAUGACUUGAUCUAUCCCAUCGAUAAGCUAUUGGCACUCUAUCGUGACAGUGCCACCCCGCUAGUAGUCAGAAACUUUGCAAUCGUCUACAUCGAGAAAGCAUUCAAUUCACUACCGAAAGAUCAAAGACAAUCCUAUCUAACUGCAAUAGUCGAUGGAUUAUCUUCACUGCCAAUUCAACAUCAAGAUAUAUUCUGUCAUAUUAUUUUAUCUAUCAUUUUAACAAUAACAUCAUUCCCAAAGAUUGAUAGUGAAAGAGAUAAACUCUAUCCAUUCAAAAACAAUGAAAAAGAUUGUAAUUUACUCUUGGAUUUCUUUUUAGAUUUCCUUAUGAUUCCAACUGCCAAUCUACCCAAAACUAAAGAGGAAUUAGUUAUUCCACCAGGACAUAGUAUGAUAUCAUUACAGAGAAUCAUGGGAAAGAAUAUCGAUAAAUAUGAUUUCAAUUCAAUCGUCGAGAGGAAGAUGUCGAUUCUAAACUUUUUGGCAAGUGGUUUGUUUGCCGAUACCGAUGUGAUCGUACACUUUAUCAUUGCAUCGACCGAUAUAUUUCAGGAGGUGAAUCGUAAGGGUGAAGAUACGUUGAGACGUUUGCCAAAGAUCAACUGGGAGAAUCCUGCGUUGAUCAAGAAGUUGUAUUUCAUAUUCCAAGGAACGUCAGCAGAGGAGAAUAAACCGGUGGAUCAACAGCGUAAGCCUGGUUCCUCACAGACACGUGAGAAGAUUCUCCACUAUUUCUGCAAGUCGCUGCUCGCUGCCAAUAGCUUCCCAGCGACGUUGCAAAUCAUUUUCGAAUCGGUGUAUGGCAGCAGUUCAACUAUGCGUUUGAAACACUCUGCCAUGACAUUCGUGCAGUGGGUAUUCCGACACGCCGAAGACCGUUACAUUCAGACGUUUGGACCGAUCAUCCUGAGUGGUUUGCUCAAGUUGCUAGACUCAAUGGAUAACGACAGUGGCAAGGAAGUCAAUGAACUAAAGUCAUUCACCUAUACUUCACUUGGUCUGCUGUGCAAGCGUAACAACUCAUUGUUCAACAAGGACUUGACAUUGGUGUUGAAACUAAUGUCAAAGAUUGGCAAGGAAGAAUCAUUGGUGAGCAGCGCCAUUCAAGAUUGUCUCGUAAUGAUAAGAGAAGCGUUCAUCGAUCUAAAAGAUCAAACAAUGAAAGAUAAUUUAAUCAAAAUAUUAAUGAAGUUUAUUUAUAAUAAUGAAUAUUUAAUUAGAUAUAUUGUUUUGCAAUGGGCACAACAUUGUUUUCCAUUUGAAAACGUUGCAUCUAGAUAUUUCAGUUUGGUAAUGGUUGGUGAUGUUAGACCUGAUAUUAGAGAGGAAGCAAGACGUGGAUUGGAACCGUAUGAACAUAAUGGUAAUAUGUUGAUUCCAAGCGGUGACGCUGCCACAGCAAAAUACCCAGAUUUUAAGCAGCUUUUAAAUUACAUUGUUGAAAAUCGCAAGGAAAUCAUUGAAUCCAAACAAAAGAUUGCUCAGGGUGUCAUUCAGAAUCUUGGUUUCACAUCGGUGUCAUUCGAAUACAUUCUCACUCUGUUGCGUACCUCUAUGAGAAAGACUGCUCUCUCGCAAAAGAAGACGGUACAACAGUAUUUGAAUGAAAGUUUGGACCGAUCUACAAUGGAAUCUUAUAUGGAUUUGAUAGAGUCUGCUCUUGUUUCAAAGGCUGGUGACGAUCUCUAUCUUCUUUUCAAUAUCUAUCCUGCGUUCAUCGAGAAAUUCGUAGCAAAGAUCGAUCAACUCAAUCAAUUCCUCAAGAAUGGCAAGUAUUCAACGAGAGAACUCAUUGCAAAGAUGAUUGGUUUGGUUGCUUCACAACUACCACAAGAGGUUCGCACCUCGCUUGUUGAACAGUACUUAAAGACCGUCACAACUGAGAAGGAUCAACUUGAAAUCUUUGGUCCGUUGUAUACUCUCGCCUAUAUGAUUGCAAAGAAUCAACAUGAUAAGAAACCAUUGGACGCACUUAUCAGUGAACAACAGUUUAGAUCGUUGAUCGAGCACGUCAAGCAGUUCUUUAAGAAUACCAAUGUGACGCUGAAGGUUGCUUCGAUUGCCUGUGUCGGAAUCAUUGGAUUGUACGCACCGAUUCCCUAUCUAUCAAAGGAGGAGAAGGAGUCGAUCAUCAAGGAGCUGGCGACAAUGUUGGAAGUUGGAAGUGAAAGAGGUGUAUCAGAGUCAGUGUUGAUCUCUCUCGGAUGGAUCAGUCUUGGUGAUCCCAAUCUUGGUGCCACCAGAAAGUACAUGGUUGAUUGUCUAUUCAAGCAGGUCAACAACAAGAAUGAAGAGUUGCAAUUUACCGUUGGUGAUACACUGUCGCUGAUUAUCGGUGAGCACUUGAUGCAGUCGAAUAUGAUCCAUCCAUUCUCACCAUUCACCACCGAGGAAUUGAAAUCUGAGAUUCAAGAGGAGAACGAAGCGAUCGGUCAAAAGACUGAUCAAGAUGUAACAAUGACCGAUAACAACACUGUCAAUGACGAGAAGAACCAAGAGUUGGUGGCAACUUUGGAACGUAUUCUCAGCUCCUACUUCUCAGAUAGACAAUCACCAGUGACUAGAUGCUCUGCAGGUACUUGGAUGCUUUGUAUCCUCAAGAACUUUGGUUCUAGACCAGAGAUACAAUCGUUGCUUCCACAAAUUCAAAAUGGUUUCUGUUCACUACUUGCCGAUAACAAUGAAUUGACACAGGAUAUCGCAUCGAAAGGAUUGACUUUGGUUUACGAAUCCAGUAACGAUCCUAAAUUCAAAGAGUUCCUCGUAUCGAAUCUCUCCAAGACACUCGCUGGAAAACCAGCUCAGAAAGCACCGGGUUCCUCUGAACUCUUACCAGAGGGAGCAGUUGGAAAGACUGGGCAGGUUGCAACUUUCAAAGAGUUGAGUACACUCUCGACAGAUCUAGGAAAACCAGAUAUGAUUUACAAAUUUAUGAAUCUAUCUUCACAUCAUCAAAUUUGGAAUUCAAAGAAAGGUGCUUCUUUCGCCAUUGUUUCGUUGGCAUCGAAAGCCAAAGAAGAGUUUGCACCGUUAUUACCAUAUUUGGUACCAAAGAUCUAUCGUUACAUCUACGAUCCCUCGCCAAAGAUUGCUACAUCGAUGAAGAAUAUCAUGAGUUCUAUUAUCGAUGCAAAGGAUAUCUUCCCCAAGUAUUUCGAACCGAUCAUCAAAGAUCUUAUUCAGGGUAUGGGUCAGUCGGCUUGGCGUGUUCGUGAAGCAAGUUGUGCCGCAAUUCCCGAUACAAUCUCACAUGCCUCUUCCCAAGAUCUACUGCCAUACAUUGAGGAGUUGUUUUACAUGAACUUUAGAACGCUCGACGAUAUCAAGGAGUCUGUAAGAAAAGCUGCUGAAUCAUCGAUUAAAUCACUCGGUACUGUUACCUCUAGAUUGGUGGAUCCAACUUCAACAUCGAAAGCUACAGCCGGUGAUAUUCUCAAAGUGGUACUUCCAUUGCUACUGGAGAAGGGUAUUUCCAAUGAAUCGAAAGAAGUCAAGAUCUUUACAAUUCAACAACUUCAAAAGAUUACCAAUACCUCAAAGGAUUUGAUUAGACCAUAUGUUCCACAGAUGGUUCAUGUCCUGCUAGAGUCGUUGUCAUCGAUGGAGUCUGCAGCUUUCAACUAUGCAACUAUGCAUGCCGAAUCCUAUAACUUGACACAGGAACAACUUGAAAAGGUUAGAAUUGAAGUGUCGAAAUCAUCGCCACUCAACGAUAUUUUGGAGACAUUGAUAAAGUAUAUCGAUCAAACCAACAUCUCCGAUGUAAUGUUGAACAUCAUUCAAAUGAUUCAAUUCAGUGUUGGUGUGGUAACAAGAGUUGGUGUUGCCAAAUUCAUCUCGAACCUUUUCCAAUCUCGUUAUGUCUCGGUUGAUGUACCGGAACCACUGAUGCAAAAACUGAUCAAUGCUAUCUUCCCAUCGAUUAUGGAUAAAUCACCGGCCACCAGAAGACAAUUCGUUGCAACACUCUGUAUCACCGUGAAGAAAUCCAACAACACCAAGCUCAUGAAACAAACAAUCUCACAAGUGAUGGGAUUGGUCAUUCCAAACAAAGAGACUGGUGAGAUUCCAUCGCAAGGAGAUGAGAUCGUUGCUCUAGAGACCUCUGGAAUAUUCUUCCGUGAGCUAUACAAGAUCGCCUCCACCGAAAUUCAACCAUUCAACAAAGAUCUCAUUCCCUUCCUCUAUUUCUUCCGUUCUCAUCCUAAACCAGAGGUUGCCGAACUCUUCAAAACCAUUUGGGACGACAACUCCAUUGGAAAUAUUAAACUGUACACCGACGAGAUUAUCAAGAUGAUAUCGAUUAACUUGCUAUCGAGUUCAUGGACCGCCAAACAACAAGGAGCACUCUGUCUCUCGAAUCUGACAAACGAUAUCAAGAAUAUGAUGCAUGGACACUUGCCAGUGGUUUUGGAUCUGGUUGCAAAAGGUUUGCUUGGAAAAACCUAUUCAGGAAAGGAUACAUUGUUAGAGUCAAUGUCUGCCAUUUGUAUUAUAUGCUGUGAUGAAAUCAAGUCGGCACCAAACGAUGGAAAGAUGCCCUCUGCUGUAGAUAUUCUUACUGUUAUGAUUCAAGAGUGUAAGAAAUCGGAUUUGGAAUACAAGAGAAAAGCACUGGCAAACCUUUCAAAGAUUAUUUCAGCAUUCAAGGAUAUAGAUGUCUAUCAAAAGGUGAGCGAGAUUUUGUAUCCAAUUCUAUUCGAACAGGAAAAAGAAAAGAAGGACGAUUCGGAAGAGGUCGACCCAAAGACAAAGCCAAUGAUGAUUAUGGUCAGAACUGCAGCCUACAACGUAAUCGGUGAAGCUUAUUCUGCCGCAAGCAAAGAAACACAAGUCAAGAAUGCCAACAUUGCCGAUAAGCUUCUAGAGAAUCUUAUUCAUAGUAUCUGGAGUGAACAAGUAUCGAUACUGGCAGCAAUGAAACUUGUUAUUCAUUCACUCUGGGAGAAUGGUAAUGAAGACUCCAAGAUCCUCUCUGAACGUUGGGUACCUGCAUUCAUGGAAAACAUCCUCGAAUGUUUGAAUACCACAAAAUAUACCGUCGUAAAGAAGAGUGUUUUGGAUUUGAUUGAACAGAUCAUCACAGAUGGCAAGAAAUAUUCAGUUUUGGAGUACAAGUUGAUAAAAUCAAUUUAA